UGAUUUGCUUCUUCUUCUACCGCCAUUCACUUGGAAAUUCAGUAUAAUAUUCUUUAACUUCAAAAAAACAUCUCAGGUUUGUUUGCUUUGUAUUUAAAUAUAUACUCAAAAUGCCUGGUCUGCGCUCAGUUUGCCGGACUUGCGGUAAGAAUGUGAAUAAUUCGCGGGCCAGAGCCAUUAAACUCUUCGACAAGCACAUACAUUUAAUAAGUUUAAUUGAAAACAUCACCGAUAUGUAUCUGGAGUUCGAUGCUACCAUGCGACUCAUUUGCCAUUGCUGCAAACUGCAGCUGGACAGGAUUUUGGAAUUCCGCACUAAGUGCCUGGAUGUCCAUCAGUCGUUUUUGGCCUCCAACAGGAAACGUCUGCAAGAAACGGUUGUAGUUGAUGAGGAUCUCGAUGAGCAGAAACUGGAACAGGAGGAGCCUUACCAGGAGGUUAUGGUCGAGGAGGAGGACCAGGAGGAGCACCGCCAGUCUCCCAGGACUAGGCCAAAACGGGCGAGCAAACGGGCGACGCCAAAACGGGCGACGCCAAGCUCCAAGACCUGGUUCUGUGACCAGUGCGGCGGAGUAUACAAGGGCAAGUCUAUCCUGGACUUUAAGCUCCACCUCCAGCGCCACACUGGCCACAAACCCUUCGAGUGCGACAUCUGUCAGUCCAAGUUCUACACAAAGAACGAUAUGAGCCGCCACAGGAUCCUGCAUUCGGAUGCCCGGCCCUACGCAUGCCGCUUCUGCACCAAGACCUUCCGCUCCAGCAGCAGCAAGGCGAUCCACGAGCGCAACCACACGAACGAACGACCCUUCCAGUGUCAUCACUGCGAGAAGACCUUCACCGCCAGCUCAUCGCGCCAGAGGCAUGAGAUGCUGCACACCGACCAGCGGAAGUACCACUGCGAGAUCUGUAACCAGUGGUUUCAACGGUAUAGCCACUUAACCUUACACAAAACCAGUAAACUACACCAGCAGAGAGUGGAAAGUGCUUCGACUGCCUAAAAGAAAAAUAUAAACUUGCUUCAUAUUAAGUUUAAAAAGUGGAUAACCCAUGAUUUUUGAUGGCUUAGAAGAAGAUACAAAUAAUUUUAAGUUACAUUGACUGAAACUCUUGCCUAAAAAGAGGUAUUCUCCUAAUUAUAGGUUUCGUUACUUCGGCUGUCUAAAAAUUUCUUAUGAUAACUACAGCCUAAAAGAAAUUGGAAAUAAAUUUAAGUUGAACUUGUUGUCUUAAAAGAAGAUAAGAUAAUUUUAAGUUGUAUUGAAAAAACAAUAAUUUAAUAUUUUGUUGAACAUUAUAAAUAAAUGAAAAAGGUAA